CAAAUCCUUUGAACUGUCAACUUUUUGCUGACUGCUUUUCCGUGACUUAAGACUUGGCAUCAUAAUGGCUACUUCCCUGAAAUCGACGGCCAGCUUCCUCCAGCUAAGGAAACCGGAAAACCAUUCUCUCAAUCGUCUUUCCUUUGAGAAAUCCUCUGUUUCAGUCAAGAGGUUCACUCCCUUGGCUGCCCUCACCGCAGCUCCAACUCCUGGUCUCGCUGAGACUUUCUCCAGGUUGAAGAAAGAUGGCAAGGUGGCAUUGAUCCCAUACAUUACUGCUGGUGACCCUGACCUUUCAACAACUGCCGAGGCGCUGAAGCUGCUUGAUUCCUGUGGAUCCGACAUAAUUGAACUCGGUGUACCAUACUCUGAUCCUUUGGCAGAUGGUCCAGUCAUCCAGGCUGCAGCUACGCGCUCCUUGGCCAAAGGAACUGACUUCAAUGCAAUUAUUUCAAUGUUGAAGGAGGUGGUUCCACAGUUGUCUUCUCCACUUGCUUUGUUCACAUAUUACAACCCAAUUCUUAAGCGUGGAGUGGAGAACUUUAUGUCCACCAUAAAGGAUGUAGGUGUACGAGGGCUUGUGGUUCCAGAUGUUCCCUUAGAAGAGACUGAGACUUUGAGAAGCGCAGCUACCGAACAUAAUAUUGAAUUGAUUCUGCUUACCACACCAACUACUCCAACAGAUCGUAUGAGAGCUAUUGUUGAAGCAGCAGAAGGGUUUGUGUAUCUUGUUAGUUCAGUCGGAGUUACUGGUGCUCGAGCAUCUGUCAGUGAUCGGGUUCAGACUCUUCUAAAAGACAUUAAAGAGGCUUCAACCAAGCCAGUGGCAGUUGGUUUUGGCAUAUCAACUCCUGAGCAGGCAAAACAGGUAAUGGGAUGGGGAUCUGAUGGUGUUAUUAUUGGUAGCGCCAUGGUGAAGGUGCUGGGUGAUGCAAAGACUCCUGAAGAAGGACUGAAGGCGUUGGAAGCUUUUACCAAGUCACUAAAAGCUGCACUUUCUUGAGAACUCCUAUAGAGUUGGCCUAACUAUUUUAUUUUCAGCCACAAGCUUACAAGCUCUAUUGUAGUAGAAACUUGUUUCAGUAUCAUGUCAUGGCUUCAACUUUAUGUUUUGUCUUUCAAAGAUGUUGGAAUGCAAAAUAACGCCUUGCAAUAUUCCUGAACUGAAC